UUUUGGGGAAGCGAAUUUGGCGAAUUAGGGCUUCGAUUGGAAUUUCUACUAUUUCCUCCCGGUGUUGAAUGCGGGGAAGAAAUUGGGGAUUUUUUUUUAUUUAUAAUUAUAAAAAUUGAGAAUGAGGGGAUCGAAUUCGAAAGGGAAUUUGGAGAGCAGCGCCACCUUACAGAGUGAACUCGAAUCGCUGCUCCUCCAGCAGCAACGUAACCGCGGUUUAAUUCUAGAGAGAGAAAGGGAAUUGAACAUUAACCGUAGCGGCAGCGCUCCCCCCACCGUCGAGGGCUCCUUAAACGCCGCCAGGGGCCUCUACAGUUACCCCCACAUCGUCAAACUCGACGGCGGCGGCGGCGGCGGCGGAAGUAGCAACAACAACGCCGCCCCCGCCCCCGCCCCCGCCCCUACUUUCUGCGUACUGACGGAAGAGGAGAUUUUGUCUCACCCGGCGUAUUUGGAAUACUACUACUCGAACGAGAAUCUGAACCCUAGGUUGCCGCCGCCGUCGCUAUCGAGAGAGGAUUGGCGGAUAGCGCAGAGGUUUCGGGCCGCGGGGUUCAAUCUGGACAGGAAUUUAAUGGAAAACGUGGGGAAUUCGUCUCUGUUUUCGACUCAGCCGAAUUUGUCUGUGAAGAAAUCGGAAGAUGAUAUGCUGGAGCUUAGAAAAGCUGCAUUGAGGAAUCUUUCGAGGAAAAGUUCAGUUGAAUCUCUGGAUAAAUAUCUCACUGGUGGUGCUUCCACUUCUGGAAUGGGAGGUAGAAGGAAGAGUUUUGCUGAUAUUCUUCAGGGAGGAUCGGGCCAGCCCGUGAAAUCGAAUCUGUCACGCCCCGCCAGCCAAAAUUCAGUUGCAGACGUUUUAGAUUCAAUGGCAAACAACCCCAACACUAAUAAUUCAUUAGAACUACGAAACAAAGCAGAAGCAGAAAGAGCAUUUGCCAGCUCAUCAUCCACCACCCAAAACCCUAGUCGAGGCCUUGUUACUAUUGGCAACGGUGUUUAUCUCGCCGAAAACCUAAAUUCCAUGCGAGGGGAUUCUCGUAAUUUUCCUCCACCCGGAAUUUUCGAGAUAGCUGAUGUGGAAGCUUCUCUUUCCGGAUUAAGCAUGUCUAGAGGAGGUAAUAAUUACCAUAAUAAUCCUCAUGCAGAAAAUAUUCUAAAGUCUUCGCUUCAAAUGGGGAUUCCAUUAAAUCAGCUGCAGCAGCAACAGUAUUACGGCGAAAAUUCUCGAGCGGAAAAUAUGGCCCACAAUAUAAACUACGGAAAUUUAUCGAGGAGUAAUAAUGGAUCGAACAACAGCCUUAAUAAUAUGCCGAACGAGGGCGUGAAUUUUCCGAGGAGGACUUCUUCUACUACGAGCCUUCAUUCUCAACAACAAAAUCAUUCCGAUAUUUCUAGUUACAGAAACAGUGGAUAUUCGGUUGACCAAAAACCUCGUAUGGGGAUCAGUAGUGAUCUUAGUACAGAUGGAUUGGUUUUGAGACCUAGUGUUCCACCUGGCAUUCAUCUCCACGUAGUGGACCCACAUCAAAUUCAGUACAUGCAGAAAAUACCGAACUAUGGAGGCGGGGAACCCCCUCAUAUUUCCGGAAAUUCGAGUCGAGCAAUGCAGUACGACGAAUUGCAAGCUUUGGAGAAAGCUUAUCUCGAGGCGUUGCUUUUGCAACAAGCGCAGCAAUAUCAGUCGCAGUUAUUACAAAGACCUGGUGGAAUUAUUAAUCAUCAAUACCACGCGGGCCCCACAUUUAGUAGUCAGCAGCACUCUUCUUCUUCCAGCUCGUCGUAUCAAGGAAAUGUGGUCAACUCUCAAGAUUCGAGAGGCAGUUCGAAAACUCCUGUCCUUCAGAAGGAGAAAAAUACUCAACUGCCCCCGACGAGUUUGAGAAGCCCGAAGGGAGAUCAAUCCACCGUUACGCCACAUCAGCAAAGUGGAAGCAGUUCGAAAGGAAGAUUUGAAUCGUUGUUAGAGGUGCUCAAGAAUAAUAAGGCGAAAUCUUUGGAUCUUUCGGAUAUUGUUGGUCAUGUUGUUGAGUUCAGUACGGAUCAGUUCGGAAGUCGGUUCAUUCAGCAGAAACUGGAGACUGCUACUGUUGAAGAAAAGACGAAAAUACUCACCGAGAUUAUUCCCAAUGCUCGUGCUUUGAUGAUCGAUGUUUUUGGAAACUAUGUCGUACAAAAGUUCUUUGAGCAUGGGAUCGAAAGUCAACGAAAGGAGUUAGCUACACACAUUAUCGGUCAUGUUUUGCCCCUCACUCUACAGAUGUAUGGUUGCAGAGUUGUGCAGAAGGCGUUGGAAGUGGUCGAUGUGGAAUUGCAGACUGAGAUGGUGAAAGAGCUCGACGGUUCGGUUUUGAAAUGCGUGCACGAUCAGAAUGGCAAUCACGUAAUUCAGAAAUGCAUAGAGUCCGUCCCGCAAGAACGCAUUCAGUUUAUAAUAUCGUCUUUCUUAGGGCAAGUCGUCACUUUGUCCACGCAUCCUUAUGGCUGUCGCGUCAUUCAGAGGGUUCUCGAGCACUGCAAUGAUCCGAAAACUCAAGAAGUAAUUAUGGAUGAAAUACUGGGCUCCGUUUGUAAGUUAGCUCAAGAUCAGUAUGGAAAUUAUGUCAUUCAGCAUGUCGUGCAGCACGGUAAACCACAAGAAAGGGCUGUGAUAAUCGGGAAGCUAGCAGGACAAAUUGUUAAGAUGAGUCAGCAAAAAUUUGCAUCUAAUGUUGUCGAAAAAUGCUUGACUUUCGGUGGUGCUGAAGAGCGCAAACUUUUGGUCAAUGAGAUGCUCGGUUCAACCGACGAAAAUGAACCAUUACAGGCUAUGAUGAAAGAUCCUUUCGGAAACUACGUUGUACAGAAAGUACUCGAGACGUGUGAUGAUAAAAGCAGAGAAUUAAUACUCUCUCGUAUAAAGGUUCACUUGAAUGCACUCAAGAGGUACACUUACGGCAAACAUAUUGUUUCCCGUAUAGAAAAGCUCGUUGCAACUGGAGAAAGGCACAUAGGGCAAUCCUCUCGUUCUUGAAAUGAUCCGAUUUUGGUGAAAAUAUUUACGAGUUUUGUAUAUAUAUAUAUAUAUGGCCUCGUUUUCUCGACAAGGCUUCUAUUCGGUGUAAAUGGGGUAGUAUUUAAGAUUGGUUGUGCUCAUACUUUUGAGCUAAUAAUUAAUAAGUUAUUUUAUUUAUUUAUUUAUUUUUUGGGUUUUUGUAUAUUGUGGUCAGGAUUUGGUUUAGUAUUUUUUGUUUAUGUAAAUGGUUCGUAAUAUUGCGAGGAAAUAAGGGUGUAUAGAAACUUGAUAUGCAACACUCUUCUGCUGUUUAUGAAUUUCAGCAUUGUAUUAUUUAUUUUUUUCGAAACAUAAGUUUCGGAAAAUUUCUGAUUUUUUUUUUCGAAAGUGAAAAUUGAUUCG